AUGGAGGAGGCGGGCGGCGCCCGCGGGGGCAGCAUCCAGGACCUGCCCGCCGACUUCGUGGUGCGCGCGUUCCUGCUGAUCGACGACGUGCGCGACGUGCUGUCGCUCCAGGCGACCUGCAAGCGGUUCUGCGCCCUGGGGCGUUCCAGGCUGGUCUGGCGGCCGCGCCUGGAGGCCGAUCUGGGCAUAAGGCUUGAGCAACGUCUGGAAGGCGACGAACUGUCUCUCCAGCGGUUGUACCGCAAUGCAGCCACCGGAAGGACCGAGGUGGUCCGCUACUGGGGGGUCAUGACAGAUGGUGGCUGUGACAACGAUUGGCUCCACUACUGGGUGGACAACCUGUUUGUCCCAAACCACUGGGAGUCGUUCUGCAGUGCUGGAGGCGGCAAUGUGCACUGCUUUGGUCUUUUGUUGUGUGAAGAGCUUGAACACGACAAGCGAUCUGCAGCUGACAGAGAGUACAUGAUAAAGAAGUGUCGGUACCCAGCUGCCAGGCUCUUUAAUGAGCACUUCAACAGGAGAUCCAUCGACAAUGCAUAUUCCUUGCUGCAGUGCUGGUCCACCCCAGAAUUGGAGCAUUUUGUCUUGGCACUUUACCAUGACCUCCAGAAUGGUGGACCACUUGGAAGAUUGCUUGAGAUGGGCCUCACAGGGCAGGAGCUGCAAAGAGAAAGGGUGCGCAUGCGUGAGCUGGUUCGACGGCUAGAGCACCAAGCCACAGUGAAUGCAAGAGGCAUCAUCUCAAGGGAGGGCAAGCCCAGAAACGUGGGAAAAGGGAAGGCUGCGGGGAAGGGCAAGAAUGCACUGGUGCUGUAUGACAGCCUGUGCACAAAUGUGCUUCAGCAAAUGGACCGUCAAAUAGUAGGUGUCAUUGACCGGCUCAUGGUGUCAAGACGGGGUAGCUUCAGUUGUCCGGUGUCCUCAGGAGCUAUCUUCAUUGGCAACCUCACAAACUUGAGUCAGUUCAAGACGCACGACGAUGUGAUAGGUAGCCUGCAGCAAAUGGCAGCCACGCCAUACUGCGUCGCACUGGACAACAUGGCAGACAGAGUAUCCGUGACACUUGCAUCUGAGGCGGGCAAGCUCCCACCGAUCGUGGCCACUCAUUCAAACCCAGCAGGGGAAUGGAUGGAGUUCGAUGUCAGGACAAAGUCGCGCUGCAGAUUACGACCACUGAUUUGGUUCCAUUUCUACACGAAGCAAGAGUCAGAUGCUGUGCGAGCACAGCUGCAGCUACAAAAAGGGCCAUUUGGGGAGCACUUGCUUUCAACAAGCACCAGUGAGGGGUCAGAGGAGGAAGUGUUGGCGGAGGACGUUGCCGAGGCCUUGUUCCACGGACCACAGCAAGGGGACUCGGCAUUGAGAAAGACGACGGGAAGGGACAGGCUUGACGUGUGGUUGAAGCAGCGGGUAGCUGCCAAUGUUGUGUGCGUGAAGUUGAUAAAUCAAGAGGACCUGAUGAGCCAGUGGGGUGACGAUCAUGAGGCGCCGAACAUUGACAUCAACUGCAUAGCAUUCAAUGGACAGAGGGUUUUGCUGCCUCCCGGCAUUCAGCUUGCCGGUGAAUAA